CCUCCUCCUCCUCCUCCUCCUCCUCCGGGGUUACGCGGGGCGAGGAGCCCAGGGCCACCGGUAGGAGGGCACAGCCCAGGGCCACCGGUAGGAGGGCACACCCGACCCGCGGGGCUUCGCAGACAGGGAGGGACCCCAAAACCCGGCUGGUUUCUUCUUUUGAGGUCGCUGAGCCCCCCACCCCGGCGCUGCCGCCCCCGACAUCGGCGGGGCCCCGCGCAGUUCCCUGUGCCCAGGACCCGUGGCACCGUGGCCAUGUCCGUGCCGGGGAGCAGACGCGCGUCCACAGGAUCACGAAGGUGAAUAUGCUUCAACCUCUGGCCUCGGGACUGGACACCAGCGCCUGCAGCCGGGAUGAGACGAUUCCCACGAUCCCCACACUUCCACCACCAGCUGCCACUUUGCAGCACGAGCCCCCAGCCCAGCUUUCAGGGGUUUGCAUGGCACUGCCCGCUGCACAGCACUUCCCUGUCCGUGCAUGCAGCUCCCCGAGUGCUGCACGCCCCGUCCCUCUGUCCGUCUGUGCCACAGCCAGGACCGACCCCUCCGUCCGUCCAGGCGAAGGCAGGCAGUGGUGGAGAGCACUGGGUUGGGGCAAUGAAACUGGGAGUCGCGGGGUUUAUGGACGGAGUGGCUUUGCCUCCUUCUUUAAGUCUUCAGCGCCCUCAGCCACUCGGCCUGAGACACAGCCUCUUCUCCCUGCCUCCAGGCGCCCCUCGCCCCCCGGGAGGGACACCUACGGCACCUCCUCGCUGAGCAGCAGCAGCAAUUCUGGCUCCUGCAAGGGCAGCGACAGCAGCCCCACCCCAAGGCGCUCGUCCAAGUACAACCUCUGCAGUGACAACCAUGGGAUAAAGCCACCGACACCAGAGCAGUACCUGACCCCCCUGCAGCAGAAGGAGGUGUGCAUCCGGCACCUGAAGGCUCGCCUGAAGGACACACAGGAGCGUCUCCAGGACAGGGAUGCUGAGAUCGAGGACCUGAAGACGCAGCUGUCACGGAUGCAGGAGGACUGGAUCGAGGAGGAGUGCCACCGCGUGGAGGCCCAGCUGGCGCUGAAAGAGGCUCGCAAAGAGAUCAAGCAGCUGAAGCAGGUCAUCGACACAGUGAAGAACAACCUACUGGAGAAGGACAAAGGCCUCCAGAAAUAUUUUGUGGACAUCAACAUCCAGAACAAGAAGCUGGAGACGCUGCUGCACAGCAUGGAGGUGGCACAGAACGGGGCGCUGAAGGAGGAGGGCGCCGGCGAGUCGGCCGGGGGGUCUCCGGCCCGAUCCCUCACCCGCAGCUCCACCUACACCAAGCUGAGCGACCAGGGAGCCGGGGACCGCAACGUGGGGGGCUCGCAGACCAUCUCGCUGGACGAGGGGGCCGACAGCGGCUUCGUGGGGAUGGAGGAUGCUCCGGGCCACACGGACCCGCUGGAGGUGGAGGGUGAGCCCGGCACCCGCCUGCCCCCCAGCAACACCUACGAGAAGGUGCUGGGACUGCGGAGCAGCGUGGAGGCAGGGGUGCAGGCCAGCUGCAUGCAGGAGCGGGCCAUCCAGACGGACUUCGUGCCCUGCCAGCCAGACCUGGACACCAUCCUAGAGAAGGUGAUGAAAUCCCAGGCUUGCAGCUUGGGCAGCCCCACCUCAGCCUGGGUCUCUGAAAUGGAAGACACGAUGCCAGUCCCCGAGCUCUCCAACCCCACCGGGACCACGGACCUGAUGGUGGCCGAGCCCGACGCCGCGACGACGGCUGCCAGUGCCGAGGGGGGUGUCCCCUGCAACCCGGCGGUGCGGCAGCCCCCCAGCGCCAGCCCCUCGGUGGCCAUCGCCUGCGUGGCGGAGGAGGAGCUGACGGAGGUGACCGGCUGCGAGACCAACCCUUCCAAGAGCUACUGGAGCCGCCACUUCAUCGUGGAUCUGCUGGCGGUGGUGGUGCCGGCGGUGCCCACGGUGGCCUGGCUGUGCCGCUCGCAGCGGCGGCAGGGCCAGCCCAUCUACAAUAUCAGCUCUCUGCUGCGGGGCUGCUGCACCGUCGCCCUGCACUCCAUCCGCAGGAUGGGCUGUCGCCCCGUCGCCAGCCCCGGAGGCACUGCCCAGCCCUGA